AUGCUUUAUCCACAUAAACUAAAUGUGAUCCUUGGAAAUGAAAAACAAGUGGUUGUUGGUGAUUUAACAAGUCAAUCAUGGACAUUAGUUAAUCUAGAUAAUGGUCAAAAUUCUUUUAUUCAACCAACUAUUUCAUCAUCUUCUCCAUUAACACAAAUAAUAACUCGUCAAUUUAAUGAAAUGCUUUCUCAACAAAAUACAUCUGCAUCACGAUCCGUAUAUCAUUCAACGAAUGGUCAACUUCUUCAAUAUAUUCUUAAUCAUAAUUCAAUUCGUAUUGUUGAUUUUAUUAAAAAUGUAUCUCAACAAAGUAAACUUCCAUUUUCUGUUGGUUAUGUUAUUCCAUUUAGUGAUCAAUCUAUACUUACUGAUUAUGUUCAACAAUCUUCAUCUUCAUAUCUUUUCAAUAUAAUAAUGAACAAAAACCAAAUGUACCACUGA